GUUUGCGUACAGUAGGGGAGCUCCGUUUCUCCGCACAGACGGAGAGCCCGCAAGCGCACCUCGGAGCAUCGGUGAGCGGCGGACAGCGGGAUGCGGCACGGCGGCGUGUAGCGGAUCUACCAACACCAAACCAGUGGACCUCAAUAUAUAUUUUUAUCGUCGAUAUUGAUGGAUUUUUCUUUUUUUUUCCCCUCACCGAGUGAGUCAGACGUGGAUCUGCAAUGAAGCGUCGAUCCAAUGCGUGAGAGCUGCUGACUGUCUGUGCAUCCGUGAGCUAAUAUCCCAGACAAUAAGCACAGGGAAUUAUCCAUUAGGCGCAGUGGCAUGUUUUAUGAAUUAUGUCGGUGGUUAGAGGAGUAUGUGUUAUUUAAUGCUUCGUCUAUUUUAUUCAUGAUAUGACCCAGAACCAUUCUGCAUUUGUCAUUAAUGAUUUUGAUAUUGAAAAAUCAAUUGAUUCACAAUUCACAGGCAGACAGGCUAAUUAAAGGCACCAUUGCACCGCAGCGUGUCCUAUUUUUUGUUUUUUUUGCAAACAGAAGCCAGACAUGUCAAAAAAUAAGAGCAGCGAGUCAGUCAAGGUGGUAGUUCGAUGCCGUCCUUUGAACCGGAAGGAGGAGUCCCACGGGCCUGCGGGGGGCAUCGUGCAAAUGGACGUGCGGCUCGGACAGGUGAUCCUCAGAAACCCUCGAGCGCCAGCCAGCGAGCCCCAGAAAACAUUCACCUUCGACGCGGUUUACGAUGGAAACUCCAAACAGGGAGACCUGUAUGACGAGAGCGUGCGCCCGCUGAUAGAUUCGGUGCUUGCAGGGUUCAAUGGCACCAUAUUUGCGUACGGACAAACAGGAACCGGGAAGACGUACACCAUGCAGGGGGCGUGGAUGGACCCGGAGAAACGAGGCGUGAUCCCCAACGCUUUCGACCACAUCUUCACGCACAUAUCCCGCUCGCAGUCCGACAAGCAGUACCUGGUGCGGGCGUCCUACCUCGAGAUCUACCUGGAGGAGGUUCUGGAUCUCCUCGAUCCCAACCACGGCACCGCCAGAGCCCUGGAGCUCCGGGAGAGCCCGGAGUCCGGGGUGUACGUGCGUGACCUCACAUCGUGCGUCUGCAAGAGCAUCAAGGAGAUCGAGGAGGUGAUGAACGUGGGCAACCAGGCGAGGGCGGUGGGGGCCACGGACAUGAACGAGCACUCGUCUCGGUCCCACGCCUUGUUCCUGAUCACAGUGGAGUGCAGCCAGCCCGGACCCGACGGGAGGAAACACAUCCGGGUCGGCCGACUCAAUCUGGUGGAUCUGGCUGGCAGCGAGCGCCAAGCCAAGACGGGCGUCCAGGGAGAGCGCCUGAAGGAGGCCGCCAAGAUCAACCUCUCCUUGUCGGCGCUGGGGAACGUGAUCUCAGCUCUGGCGGACGGGCGCAGCGGCCACGUGCCGUACCGGGACUCCAAACUCACCCGGCUGCUGCAGGACUCUUUGGGCGGGAAUGCAAAGACCGUCAUGGUCGCCACCUUGGGCCCGGCCCCCCAGCACUACGACGAGACCCUCACCACCCUCCGCUACGCCAACCGGGCCAAGAACAUCCAGAACCAACCCAGAGUCAACGAGGACCCCAAGGAUGCUCUCCUGCGCGAGUUCCAGAUGGAGAUUGCUCGCCUCAGGGCCCAGCUCCACCACAGGAAGUGGAGGAGCAAACAGAAGAAGGAGCAGGUGGACGGCGACGGCUGGGAGAGAGACGGCGAUGAAGAGUCUGAGGGUGAGGAGGAUGAGGAGGAAGGGGUUGAGAAGGAGGCGGAGGAGUACGUGAAGAUGGAGGAGCAGCGGUUGGAGAGGGAAAAACAGGACAUCAGAGAAGAUCAAUUCAUGUUGGCGGAUGAGAAGCAGAGGCUCCUGGGAGAGAAGGAGAGGAUGAUGGGAGUUCUGCGGAAGGAGCAAGAAGCCACCGAGCAACUGACCGCCAAGUACAAGGCGAUGGAGAGCAAGCUGCUGGUCGGCGGGAAGAACAUCAUCGAUCACACCAACGAGCAGCAGAAGAUGCUGGAGGGGAAAAGGCACGAGAUUGCUGAGCAGACACGCAGCGAGAGGGAGAUACAGCAGCAGAUGUUGGUCCAGGACGAAGAGACAGUGGAGCUGAGGGAGACUUUCACUUCACUGCAACAGGAGGUGGAGGCCAAGACCAAGAAACUCAAGAAGUACCUCAAGCUUUACGCCAAGCUCCAGUGCAUCAAAGCGGAGAUCCAGGACGUGAACGACGAGCACGUGAGGAGCCGACAGGAGCUGGAACAGACUCAGAACGAGCUCACCAGAGAGCUCAAGUUCAAGUAUCUGAUCAUAGAAAACUUCAUCCCCCCAGAGGAGAAGAAUAAGAUCAUGAACCGACUGACCUUUGACACCGAAGAGGAUCAGUGGAAGUUUCAGCCCCUUGUUCCUGCUGAAAGUAAAUCCUUACAGAUGAAGAAAAGGCCGGCGUCUGCAGUUGGUUACAAACGACCAAUCAGCCAGUAUGCCAGGGUUGCCAUAGCGACGGGAGCUCACUCCAGAUACAGAGCUGAGAACAUCAUGUUUCUGGAGCUCGACAUGACUCCUCCAAACUCCGCCUCACUGGAUCGCUCGGCGGAGUCGGAGCAGAAACAAAGUCUCUCUCUGGACAACUCGCCCACAAAGGACCGAAGCGUCUGCAAGUCUCGCUCCUGGUGCCAGACUCCAAAAUCCAUCACAUCCUCCUCUUCCAAUGUCUCCCUGGCAGCACGUCACACUGCCACACCGAUGACCGCGCAGUAAAGCUUUAACAGAGAGGGUUUCUUUUUUUAAAUUCUUAUUUAUUCAAUUUGUCCUUCUUUUUCUUCUUUCUGCUUUGGCCAGUGAUCCUUUUAAACACCUCUUCAGCUGGGACACAAACGCAAACCUCCACCUCUUUCAGUCCAAAGAGGUGAUAAACUAAAGUAGGAAGUGAUCUACAGGAAGCUAAAUGACCUGAUGAACCUCAGAAACUCUAUAAAACACAACUUCCUGCUGCUCUACGGAUGUAAAAUCGCUCCAGAACCCUUUCGUCCUUUGCAUGAGCCUCGGAUCAUCCUUUUAAAGCAACUGGCUGCAGUGCUGUACUGCCUAGACUCUAGAUGUGUGUAUGUGUGUACAGGGUUGUAUGAUUUCCUCUUUGUGUGUGUAAAUGUGAUCGAUGCAGAUCUAAAAGCUCACAAACUGCUUGAAUCCCCUGUAACAUACCAGUGUACAUAUUUCAUGUAUGUGGUCUGUUUUUUUGUGUAAAGGGGGAGUCAGCUGGAUGAGAAAUGAUGGAACAUAUGAUGUGAGCUGUUGUUGGUCAGACUGGGUGCCCUGAACCCUGAAUGAUGAUCUUUAUCAGUUGUGUCUCGUUAUUCCUCAUUGUGUCCUCCACUCCUUCUGAUUGAAAAGCAAAGCCUUACAAUAAUCCCAUUAAAAUAAAAAUGUUUCACUCACAUCAGGUCAACAGGAAAAGGCCACCAAGACACUUCAACGACUGACGAAAAUAUCCGUCUUUUAGAUAUGAGCUUUAUUCAACAAUUGAAUUACCUUAGUAACGACACUAGGUGGAAACAAUAGUUUGAUAACAUCUCAAGGUCUGCCUACUUGCUUUUUCCUGAACUAGAUUAGAUCUAUUCAAUGAAUGGAUUUUUUGUUGUUGUUAAAACACGUCUAAUUAUAUACCCUAAGUCACCAGAUAACGCACAAGUUAAACAAACUCAAACCUACUUACCAAAAAAAGCAAACUAAAGCAGGACUGAGAUUUAAAUAAAGACAACCUCUGUCCUCCAGGUGUAAAAAAAUCAGUGGAAAAGCAAACACCUUUUCCUCUGAAUGCUAAUAGAGACUCAGGUACGGCAGUUUUGCAUAAAGCGUCACACCUUCUCUAAGAUCGCCUGGUUUGCUGUUCAGUCAGCAGUCGGCUGUGUACAGUUUAGUGUCACUGGGUUCUUUACUUGCUGGAGGUCAAGCGCAGGCAGUGGGGGUCAGUCAGACUAAUUAUCACUGUAUUAUUAAUGCCAGAGAUCCUGUUGCUGCUGAAAACCCUGAUAGAUGUGAGGGAGCACAAGGCAUUCACUCACCAGUGUAAAGAAAGAAAGGUCAGAUUUCUUUUUUAACCAUUUUUUUCUACAGAACUUGAUACGUGACAUUUCUUGAUUCCUAAUUUGCGGAAUGUUUGACGAACCAAAUCUACAACCAUAUCCUCUGAUGGUGUAUCAGAAACAUGUGCUUGUGGAAAUUCACAGAAUUGUAUUGAGAUGUCUGUGACAGAGCAUUUUAGAGGCCUGUGACAUUUACUGCAAAUAGCUGGUUCCGUGACAGAAAAGGGGAUGAAUACUAACUAAUGAUUGAUUGAGAAAAUUAAAUAUAAUAAUAAUUAAUUGGAAAAAUGUCUCAAACAUUUGCAGAUGCACAGUGAGGAUUUUAUAUGUUCAGGCAUCGGACCCAGUCUGUGUCUGAGGCUUUAUGAAAAUGUGUCUAAUGGAAGUUAAAACAUUUGAUGAAGAGUCACCACAAAUGGAAGUGAUUCCAGUGAGUUGGUGCACAGUAUCUAUAUGAAAGAAUUUAUUGUACGUUCAGACAUUUCGGGGUGCUGUUCUUCAGAGAAAGCCAUUGCGAUACUAAUAUUCAAGCAAGAAAUAAAGAAUGAAAUGAAAAUAUCUACUUGAAA